GGAAGUGCGUAACGCAUGACGUCACGCAGGAGGAGGAAGCAGAAGUCCACAGCUAAGAUGGCGGAGGAGCAGCAGGAAUCAUCACAGGGAGAGAUGGAGGCUGAGGGAAACCGUAACAGCGUAAAACAUACCGAGAAAACAGGAGUGAACUGCCUCGCAUAUGACGAGGCCAUAAUUGCUCAGCAGGACAGAAUUCAGCAGGAGAUCGCCAACAGUAACCCUUUAGUGUCGGACAGACAGGACCUGUCAGUGCUGCAGAGGGAGUAUGCGGAUGAAGACACAAUUUACCAGCUCAAGAUCAAGGACCUAUACAAACAAUACUCGUACAUCCGUAAGACGCGACCUGAUGGGAACUGUUUCUACAGAGCCUUCGGUUUCGCACAUCUCGAAUCCCUGUUAGAAGACAGCAAAGAACUUCAGAGGUUCAAAGCAGUUGCAUCAAAAAGUAAACUGGACCUGGUCAAUGAAGGCUUCACUGAGUUCACCAUUGAAGACUUCCACAAUACUUUCAUGGAUCUGAUUGAACUGUGUGAGAAACAGCCACGCCUGCAGGAGCUGCUGAACUCCUUCAACGACCAGAAUGUGUCCGACUACGUGGUCGUGUAUCUGCGGCUGCUCACCUCGGGCUACCUGCAGCGAGAGUAUGGCUUCUUCCAGCAUUUCAUAGAGGGAGGACGCUCUGUGAAGGAGUUCUGUCAGCAGGAGGUAGAGCCAAUGUCUAAAGAAAGUGACCACAUUCACAUCAUCGCCUUAGCCCAGGCCCUGAACAUAUCCAUCCUCGUGGAGUACAUGGAUAGAGGAGAAGGUGGAACAGUCAAUCAUCACGUCUUCCCCGAAGGCGGAGACCCACGCAUCUUCCUCCUCUACAGACCCGGCCAUUAUGACAUCUUGUACAAAUAACACUCCUGGUCAUAGCCCACCUCCAAAAAAAAACUUCAACAACCACGAUGAUGAAUCAUACAUCUGUGUACGAGAUUACACUUACACUCAUGUAUUUGAAAAAAGUUAAAAUAAAAAUCACAUUACAUGCCUCCCUUAACCUGGUCGCCCCAAGUUCCCAGGUUUUCUCCCUCAGUCAUCACAAAAUGGUUAAUGAAAAGAAAAAAAAAGAAUCCUUGGAAACAAAUAGAAGUGACUCCAGGCAUUUAGAGUUGUACAGGUUUUUUUGUGGUUGUAAAUGUUAUCUACUUGCUUUAUGUUGGAUUCUUUUCCUUUGUUACACUGCGUUUCAUUGAGUUUUAUUAAAGGGAUUUACAUCUUA